AUGUAUCUAUAUUGUGUGAUAAUGGAGAUUCAAAAAAAAAACCCUAAUCUUGUCUGUGGACCAUGCCCAAUGAUCAAUGGAGGUGUUUGUGAAGAUUAAGGUGAUCAAGCGCAGGAGAGUGGCCGACAGAGUUGCAGCCGUCGUUGAUUUCGAGGAAGACGAUGAUCAUCAUAUCACUGUCUGCAACAAGACAUCGAAAGGACUCCCGAUUAUAUUCUCCUGGGAAGAAAUUCAAAAAUUGACCAUGAAUUUCGCCAUCGUCAUCGGCCAUGGAGGUUUCAGCACCGUCUAUCUUGCCCAAUUCCCCAAUUCCGCCGCCGCCGCCGUCAAAAUUCAGUGCUGCAGCAGCAGCGAGCGUAUCGAUCUUGCCCACAAGCAAGAACUCGAAAUUCUCCUCCAUCUCAAUCACCCCAACAUCGUCAAGCUCAUCGGUCACUGCCACGACACUGAAAAGGGCAUUUUGGUAAUUGAAUACGUUCCCAACGGCACUCUCCAAGAUGCACUCCAUAAUCAGAGCUCCAAGAAAGUCCUCCCAUGGCGGAAACGAACCGCCAUAGCUUUCCAAAUCGCUCUAGCCAUGGAGUAUCUCCACGACAAUUGCACCCUCCACAUCGUCCACGGCGACAUCAAAUCCUCCAACGUCUUGCUCGACGACAAACUCGACUGCAAGCUCUGCGACUUCGGGUCAGCCAAAUUAGGGUUUUCCGCCAUGGUCGCCCCUCCGAGCUCCACCAAUCGCAGAACUCGAGCCAUGAUCGUCGGUUCUCCCGGCUACACCGAUCCUCAUUACUUACGAACCGGGCUCGUCUCCAAGAAGAACGACGUCUACAGCUUCGGCGUAAUCUUGUUAGAACUCAUCACCGGAAAGGAAGCUCUGGAUCCCUCCACCGGCCGGUGGCUGACGGCGACGGCGCAGCCGUUGCUCCAGCAGCGAGGGGAUGAGAUUAAUCCGGCCGUCGUGGAAAUGAUGGACCCACGUCUGCGAGGGGAAUUCGAAUUGGAGGAUACAAAAGCCAUGGCCGCCCUCGCCGCCGCCUGCCUGGCGGACUCGCCGGCGCUCCGCCCUUCUGCGUCGGAAAUCUUGGCUACCAUGAGAAACCGGAUUCCAUACUCGUGUGAUUCUUUUGUAAAAAUUAAAAACAAAAAAUUAAAUCGUUCUUCGUGGUAAUUACAAUUAUAUAUUAAUUCACUCUCUUGUGGUAGUAACAAUAAUUUGUUAAUUAGUUGGUGAGAUUUUGUAAAUGUUUUUCCAGUGGAUCUCCACUA